AUGUCUUCUUCACUUCCUUUUCUUUUUCUACUGUCUUUCCCAUUAAUUAACUUUAUCUUUUUCUCUUUUUGCUUCAUGCUGCUUUUUUCUUCUCCUUCUUUUCUUCUCUUUCUUUGUCCUCUUCAUUUCUCGCCCUCUUACUCCUUUGUUCUCUUUUUUUCUCCUACUAUUCCUUUGUCCUCUUUUUUCCUCCUCCUACUCCUUUGUCCUCUUCUUUUUUCCUCCUCCUACUCCUUUGUUCUCUUCUUUUUUUCCUCCUCCUACUCCUUUGUCCUUUUUUCCUCCUCCUACUCCUUUGUCCUUUUUUCCUCCUCCUACUCCUUUGUCCUUUUUUCCUCCUCCUACUCCUUUGUCCUUUUUUUCCUCCUCCUACUCCUUUGUCCUUUUUUUCCUCCUCCUCUCCUUUGUCCUUUUUCCUCCCUCCUUUGUCCUUUUUCCUCCCUCCUUUGUCCUUUUUUCCUCCCUCCUUUGUCCUUUUUCCUCCUCCUUUGUCCUUUGUUUUUUUCCUCCUCCUUUGUCCUUUUUUCCUCCUCCUACUCCUUUGUCCUCUUCUUUUUUUCCUCCUUCUCUUUUGUCCUAUUUUCCUCCUCCUCCUCCUCCUUUGUCCUCUUCUUUUUUUCCUCCUCCUUUGUCCUCUUCUUUUUUUCCUCCUCCUUUGUCCUCUUCUUUUUUUCCUCCUCCUUCUCCUCCCUCUUUUGUCGUGUUCUUUUCACCUCCUCCCCUUCUCUCCCUGCUGCUCUUGUUUUCUCUUCCAGUUUUUUUUCUUUAUUUUCUUACUUUUUACCCUCUACCCUUUGUCCUCUUUCUUCUAUCUUUUCUCCUUGUCUUUAUAUUUUUCUUCUCUCAGUUUUCCUCUAA